GCGUAAACAAACAACGAAAAAAAAUUGUUCCAAUAAAAUAAUGAAUAUUGAAGUAUAUUAGAUGUUUUUUUUAAACCAACGUGCAAUUUGGCAACGUAUAUUUAAAAAUAAUGUUCUUGAAAGGAAUAAAGUGAAAAUUGUGAAUUGUUAUAUGGUUUACUAGAGCAUUCUCGAGUUAAUCCCUGGAGAAAAACCCGUUUAUCGACUUAGAACAGUGGGGGGUGGAGCGGUGGAGCAAGGGGCGCUUAAGGAGAAGAAUGAGAAAGAGGUGGGGAGAGAGGAGAAACGAUAACGAGAACGACGCCGAAAAAAGGUAGUUAACGAGUUGACAAGCCAAAAGCAACAAUAACAAGCUGGAAAGAAGAGGAGCUGAAAGUAAUUGGAAAGAACGAGAGGAAGAGGGCAAACGGGAAGGAAAGAACCUGGAACAGGUUACCCCUUCCAGCGUUCCACUGAAGAACUCAGAAUCUGCAUAAGGUUCGAAUUCUUUGGUAAGAAAAGAGGGAAACCAAGCGAAGAAUUCCCCAAGUUCGGAUUUUUUGGUAUGACAAGAAGGUAUACCAACUUACGAAAGUCCCAAAUUCGAAUUCUUCUGGGAAGAAAAAGGAACUGAAAUUGAAGAUAACCCCAAGAUUGAACCCAAAGUUUGAAUUCUUCAGAACCAAAAGAGGAAACCAAAAGUUUGACUUAUUGAAAAAGAAAAUCGUAACUGCAUGCCACGAAUCCUUAAGUUCUGAUUCUUGAGGAGAAAAGCUAGGAAACUGAAAGUUCAGAUUCUUCGGGAAGAAAAGGAGGAAACCAAUCGAAGAGACCCGAAGAAAAGAUGCCUCCCUACAUCAUAUACACCCUGGUGAUGAUCCUCCUGUAUCCCCGAAUUAGUAGAACCACAUCCAGUGGUAGUCCCAGUGGUAGUCCCAGUGCCAGUGCCAGUUCCAGUUCCAGUUCCCCGCCAGAAAUCCCCGCUUUCCGGCAGUGCGAAACCAUUCGCAUUGAAAUGUGCCGAAAGAUCGGCUAUAACGAGACCUCCAUGCCGAAUCUCGUGGGUCACGAGAUGCAAACGGAUGUGGAGUACACGCUGCAGACUUUCGCCCCCCUAAUAGAGUACGAUUGCAGUUCGCAGUUGAAAUUGUUCCUCUGCGCCGCGUAUGUGCCCAUGUGUACGCCCAAAGCACCCGUACACGCCAUUGGGCCCUGCCGCAGUCUCUGUGAAUCGGUGCGUAUACGUUGCCAUCCGGUUCUGCAGGGAUUCGGCUUCCCUUGGCCACCGGCUUUGGAUUGCGAGCGGUUUCCGCGGGAGAAUAAUCACGAAACCAUGUGCAUGGAGGGUCCUGGCGAAAUGCAUCAGCCGCAGGAGGAUCAGGAUCUUUAUGGACUGCCGGGACAGGGUAUGCCAGGUGGAUUGGGUGGAAAACUGCCGCUGGAUUGCUCGGGGCUGGCCAAAUCCCAUUUGUAUGUGCGGCUGCCGAGAUCGGGACGAUGUGCCCCACUCUGUGAGGCUGACAUACUGUUUACUCCAGCCGAGAAGCACCUGGCCGAGAUCUGGGUCUCCACUUGGGCCUAUGCCGCCCUGGGAUUGGCCCUGGUGGCCACCGUUUGUCUGUUGGCCAGCGAUGGCAGUCGUUUGGCCAGUGCCAAGUGGUCCAGACUGCUGUCACCGCUGAUUUGGUGCCACAACAUGGUCACCUUGGGUUGGGCAGUGCGCUUCGUGGUGGGAAGAACGGGCACCGCCUGUGGAACGGAUCCCCAGGCCCCCAAUGAAUCCCUACUCACAGUGGAUGGACUUUCCAAUGCCUCCUGCGCCAGUGUCUUUCUCAUGCGAUACUACUUUGGGAUGGCCGCCUGCGCCUGGUGGGCUGUGCUCUGUUUGGGCUGGCACCGCGACAUUCGUCGGCACAGUCCGGACUCCAAAGGCCAUGUGGCCAUUCCCUCGAACUUUGCGGGCAGUCCAGCGAAGAGAAUCAAUGCCAAGGCCAAUGCCCAGCAGGAUCUGUCGCAGAACAACUUUGUGUGCUUCGUGGCCUGGGGAUUGCCCGCCUUCCAAACGGCCGCUGUGCUCGUGGCCCGUUUUGUGGAUGCCGACGAGUUGCUGGGCGCCUGUUUUGUGGGCAACCAGUCGGACAAGGCUCUGCAGAUAUUGGUGGCCACGCCAGUCUUUUGCUACUGGAUCUUUGGCUCUAUGAACCUGAUAUCCGGCUAUCUGGUGCACUGUCGCACCAAGGAGAUCUUGAGGAACAGCAAUGCCCUGAGUUUGCAGCAGCAACUGCAGCAGCUGAGUGCCCACAGUAGUUCCGGAAUAGGCAUAUUCCUUUUUAUCUAUGGACUGGCAUGUGCUCUGCUCCUGCUGGCGGUCAUUUACGAGUUUGCCAACAUCGAUGUUUGGCUGGGAUCGGGUGAAACUAAUACGCCAUUGUGGCCCUUUUUGGUACGCGCCUUUAUGGAGCUAAUGUUGGGCAUUUGCUGUUUCGCCUGGGUCCUCGGGCCCAGCAUUUCCACUCUCUACAAGAGACAAGUGGGCAAUGGAAAGAUUGUGAAACAGUCGUCUGCAGCAGGAGGAUCUGUCCAUCUGGAUGGGCACAGCAGCUCGCGGGGAUCGCAUGCCGCUUGUAACAGCACCGUGGUCUCCUACCAUUCGGUGCGGCCUUCAAUGGCCAGUGCUCCCCUGCCGCCGAGUCCCUACAAAUUAAAGACAUCACCGGGUGCCGGUUCCAUAUCGCUUAAUCAGAUGUCCAACUAUUCGCUGGGCAGGAGCACGCAUCACCAUCAUCAUCAGCAGCAGCAGCGCCACUCGCCGCAUCAUCAUCACCAGCAGCAGCAGCAGCACCAUCACCACCAUCAUCACUCCUCAUCCUCGCAUCGCCUGUAUUAUCCACCGGGUAGCUAUGCCUCCCAAAAGUACAGCCAGCAUGGCAGCUACUAUCCCCAUUUGCAGCACUAUGGCGAUGAGACGCUACUCUAGGCGGGAUUAAUCACAAUACCAGGGGAGGAGUAGCAGUCCCCUGAUUCCAGUCAAUGUUCCUGCGGCAGCUGAUGUGCCAAAGUCAGUCUUGUACUAUAACAUAAAGUGAUGGGUUUUGCUAGCUAUAAAACGGACUUAGGUUUAUGGUGUCUUAACUGCAUGCCACACAAAAUUCCAAUUUAAGUUGCUCUGCCCGUAGAACACAAUGAAAUACUAUCUAUGUACUGUGUAUAUAACCCAGGAAAUGUCCUCUUAUUUAGUUUAGGCCUUUAACGAAAGGUCAUAGAUGACCUAUCUAGCCAACCCCCACAACGAAUUGUAAUUGCCCUAGAUGGGCCACAUCCUAUUUUCGUGUGUACUUAAUGUUGCUCCUAAUUAGUUGCCCCUUGCGUUGCCUUUUUUGCCGUUUUGGUGUAACCAAAUCCAAUAAGCACUCUUGCCUUUUAGACAUUUACACUAAUGUCGCCUGUGCGUACAUAUAUAGCAUUUUUUUAUACUAUUUCUUUUUUGUUUUUGAGAGAAACACGCAGCAACCAAAUACUGUGAUACGCAUGUUCAUGUCUUCGAAACCGGGGGCCAAAAACCUGGUUCCCACUUUGCUGUCUUCUUCUCCUGAUCCCGAAACAAGUGUACUUAACAAAUGAAAAACAAACGCAAUUGCAAUCCUAGCCGUAAUGCCUAAUUGUAUUCAGUGUGCCAUUAGCUUUAGGGACUAAACUGAGCAAGUCAAAAAAACAAAAGCGCCUUGAGAAAUCCGUUUUUCGAAAAAACUUUAUGGGAUUGAAUUUGUAUAAUAUUCCUUGAUAUUUUUUUAUCUAAUUAUCUUAAAGGAAAUCGCUUUUUUAAGGGGUUUUCUGUCGGAUUUAGAUAGUUUU